AUGCACACGAAGCGAGUCCUCCUUACAGGUGCAUCCGGCUUCAUCGGAUUACACAUCCUCGAUCAGCUUCUCUCCUUCGACCUUUCCGUUCGUGCCGUGGUAGGCUCCGACAGAGAAAAAGAAGCUCUACGAAAGCAGUUUCCCCGCACCCCUCCCACCCGCCUCGACUUCGCCGUAGUCCCAGAUGAUGAUCUCUUAGUCCCUCGUGCAUACGAUGAUGCUCUCAGUGCAACUCAAGAGCCCUUCGACACCGUCAUUCACACCGUCACUGUCGAUCCUCUGGACGAGGCUGGCAGCUUAUCCCACUUUGUGAAUCAAGAAAGCGAUGGCAAGAAAGACUUCCUGCAAAGCGUUCAAGCUGUUGCACCAAAAGUCCGAAGGGUGAUCUUCACGAGCAUCCUCACUUCCUUUGCUCGUUGGCUAGCCACCCCGGACUUAGACAGCAACACUCAGUCCCCUGCGUCAUCUAUACAGAGUGUCGCUGCAAAAGAUCCAGAGUACCUCUUAGCCACGUGCAGGGCGAACGACGACCUCAUCAAUGAUCGAAUAUGGAAGUAUCUUGCGGAUGAAAAACCUGGAUUCGAUGUUGUGGCUCUCUCUGCGCCCAGUGUCUACGGACCCUUAGUACGGCCACUAAGACUCCUCACGGACUUGGAAGAGGGAAAUCAGCGGGUCUGGAGCAUCUGCAGCAAUAUACCCAUCGGGACCGUCGGACUCUGGUCAGACAGUGUCAGUUACUACGUAGACGUCCGAGACUUCGCAUACGCACAUGUCCAAGCUGCUCUCAUACCGAAAGCAGGAAACAAGCGAUUCGUCAUAUCUGCAGGGAUGAUGCCGUCUCAUACAGUCUCAGAUAUCAUGCGUACUCACUUUCCCGAGCUUGCAGAUCGCAUAGUGGAUAGAGCCACGCCAUCUUUAGUGCCGACAGCAGGGAAUCUAUCCAAGGACCUCGUAGAUUCCACUCCGGCUGCCGCGGUACUCGGGCUCCUCAGGUACCGGAGCGUCGAUGAGACUGUGGCUGAUCUUGGGCUACAGCUUGUGGAGCUUGAGCGGAGGAUCAGAGCAAACGAAUCUGCGAAAGGGUGA